UUACUCGUAGUGAAUUUGUCUGUUCUAUGCCGUAAUUUCUAUUCCAAAUCGGCGAGGUUUGAUGAUGCAAGAUUUCAAACAGGAAGUAGAGUCAACACGCGUUCCGGGGGAUCAAAUGAAGACCACUAUAAUGUACUUUCUGUAAAUGACGGCGAAUAAAGAAAAUAUGACGGCCAAUACAGUGGGUAGACUGUGUUUCCGCAAUGUAAAUGCACUGGCACCUAUGGUGCGUGUUGGCACCUUACCAACGAGACUGCUGUCCCUGGAUUAUGGUGCUGAUAUUGUGUACUCUGAGGAGUUGAUUGACAUCAAAAUGGCACAGUGUCAGAGAGUUGUCAAUGAGGUCUUGGAGACGGUGGAUUUCGUGGCUCCUGAUGAGAGAGUGAUGUUCAGGACCUGUGAAAAGGAGAAAGACCGUGUUGUCUUCCAGAUGGGAACUGCGGACCCAGACAGAGCACUGAUUGUGGCGCGACUAGUGGAGAAUGAUGUGGCUGCCAUUGAUGUGAACAUGGGCUGUCCUAAGGAAUACUCUACUAAGGGUGGGAUGGGAGCUGCUCUGCUCUCAGACCCCGACAAAAUCGAAGCGAUUCUUAGAACACUUGUGAAAGGAGUGUCCAAACCAGUGACAUGUAAAAUCAGAAUAUUGCCCACACUGGAAGAUACUCUUAGUCUGGUAAAGAGAAUUGAGAACACGGGUGUGGCAGCUAUUGCCGUUCACGGCAGGUUAAAAGAUGAAAGACCAAGACACCCUGUUCACUGUGACUUCAUCCAGGCUAUAGCUGAGGCGGUGUCCAUUCCUGUCAUCGCUAACGGAGGUUCUCUGGACCGGGUCAAAGCCCACGCUGACAUCGAGGAGUUCCGGAAGGCCACCGGGGCGUCCUCUGUGAUGGUUGCCAGGGCGGCUAUGUGGAACCCCUCAGUGUUCCGCAGUCAGGGACUGCUGUCUGUGGAGGAGGUCAUGGAGGAAUACCUCAAAUACGCCAUCCGCUACGACAACCAUGCCUUCAACACCAAGUACUGCCUCUGUCAAAUGCUGAGGGAUAAGGUGGAGUCUCCACUGGGGAAGCAACUCAAAUCUGCCCAAACCAACAAAGAGAUCUGUGAGGGAUAUGGGCUGCAGGAGUACUAUAAGAAGACCCAGGCAGAACUACAAGCCAGAAGGGAAGCCAUCCAAACCAACCACAAUCACCCCAACCAGCCUGUUCUAGAUGGCGAUGUCACCACAAUGCAUGUCAAAUUUGAACGGAGGGAGUACCCUGGAGAAUUCAGCCCUAAGAUGUUCCUGCUGGAGUGGAGCCGCAAGGAGAACUUAGAGCAACCACGAUAUGAGACAGUACAGCGCUCUCAAGACCGGGCCUUCCAAUCCAUGGUAACGAUGACAGGGAAAAAGUACAGAUCCACUCUGUGGGAGAAGUCAAAGAAAUAUGCAGAGCAGGCUUCUGCUAUAGUAUGUCUACGUGUUUUGGGGCUACCAGAGGGUCGGGCUGGUGAAGAGUACUCUGGGUUGGUGGGCAAGAGGAAGAGGGAGGAGAAGAGCAACGAGACGCCAGAUGAGGAGGACACCACUACAUACUUUGGAGCCAGGAAAAGACGCCCGUCUGAAAACCCAGAAGAGCAACGGGUUACCAACCAUUCCAAAUAGUGUACAGCACAUGACAUGCACAGCCUGACUACUACACUGUGUAACAACUGUAAAAUUAUUGCUUUACGACCGCAAUAAGACAGCAUGUACCUUUUAUAUUAAAUGGUGACUGUUCUGCAGCAGGGGUCAGCUCUUACCAUGGGGAGUGAUUGAUACAGUAGCGGCCAUAUUAUUGUGAGAUUGAGACAUGCAAACGAGUAGUGUAGUGUCUGAGAUAUUCUGUCAGCUCCCCUCCAAAUAUUCAAACAGACAUCAGCAUGAGGUGUUCAAUGCUAUUUAUUUUUUCUCCUGGAUUAUUUUGUUUAGUGACAAAAAGCUUGUUUGGUGUUGGUUUGCAGAAAACAUGCUCUGCAUGGGAUUAUUAAAUGGCCCUAUUAUUAUUUUAUUUUUUGAUAAACCAAACUGGUAAUCGGAUUAGUUUAUAAAAAAAAAAAACGGUCCAAAUGUGUAACAAGACAGUUUGUCAGGCUACUUGAAAUCAUGCAUUCUGCUUACUCUUGCAAUAUUCAAAUGUUUCUUCUGUAAAGUCACAAUAGAAAACCACUUAUCAACCUUCUGCACUACUCAUAUUGACCAGAAGCAAGUUUUUAUUUUAUAAUUCUUGACAGGAGUGUAUGUACAGUGUAAUGAAAUCUGCCAGAGGAGGGCGGCACAGGAGCUGUAUAAAGAGUUAAUUUUCUCAGGCAGUAUUUAUUGCACCAUUGUCUCACAUGGGACCGUACAAAAUUAGGAAAACUUGCUUUUUAUGUUUUCAUCUUAAAUUAAUUAGUUGUUGCUCUUUCACGUUAAACAAUAAACGUUUUUGUUGAUUGUA